AUGAUUGCAAAAACCGCUAAAAAUGAACCAUGCAUUGUGGACUGCACUUUGAGCCUGAUUAAUAUGUCCCGUUCAAAAAUAUGUUCUGAAAGAGAAAAGCAUUAUUUUUCUUCAGAAAAUUGCUCAAAUUGGGAAUUUCCUUCAGAAGCCCUUUCUAAAAAAUGGGAGAAGAAUGGAUAUUUUGAUACCUUUUCUAUAUAUUGUGAGUUUUCUGUUUCGAGCGGAAAACGUUUAUACAUCAACAUGCCUACAUCUAAAUCCUCAUCUAUUCCCAACAAAUCAUUAUCAACAACAAGUGCUUCGCCUUCAUUGCAGGAAGACUUUCGAAAUCUAUUCCGUAACAAACAUCUCAGCGAUGUGAAAUUACGAGUGGAUGGCGAAACACUUGAAGCACAUAAAAAUAUUCUAGUGGCUCGAUCCCCGGUAUUUGCUGUUAUGUUUGACCACCAAGACAUGGCAGAAGCUCGCAGGGGCAUUGUCGACAUCGUUGAUAUUGAUGCCCACAUUAUGAAAUCAUUUUUGGAAUUCUUAUACACCGAUGGUGUAGAUGAAAUGGAUUAUGAAAUCGCUGCAAAACUGCUGAUGGCUGCAGAAAAAUACCAAAUAUUAUUACUGAAAGAGAAAUGUGCAAUGUUUUUGAAAAAUGAAAUGUCAGAGGAGAACGUGUGUGAAAUAUUGUCUUUGGCUGAUGCAGUAAAUCAUGAAUUUUUAAAAUCAGCUUCCUUUGAAUAUAUAAUAGCGAAAUCAGCAACAAUUUUAUCCUCUCCACAAUGGAUACCAUGGAUAAAAAACAAUAUGGAAUUGGCGACUGCUAUUUUCGCAAAAUUAACGCUAAGUCAAACUUCAUCAAAAAACUGA